AUGGACUGGAAUAAUUUUAAUGUGGUGGCAAGAGCCAAUCCAGCCGGGAUUAUGUAUCGGUUUGAAAGUAAGAAAGUUUUGUUUAGAUAUAGUGAAGACCUUAAUUUUUCCUUGGAGGCUGACAAGAUGCAAGGUCUAGCCCUAAAAAUGGGAACUAAGUUGGUUGAUGGUUUGGUAAAAGCCAUAUCUCUUGGAGCAGCUGACCCCAAAACCAGUGGCUUGGCUGAUGACCUAAAAGACACUACUAAUAAAUAUCUCCACAAUAAAAAAGGAGAUAAAAGCAAAGAUGAACGACAAGGAGAAAGAAAAAAGACUUUGGCUGCUGCUACUAGUGGGAUUAUGCAAACAGUUAUGGGUUCUGUGCCUUCUUUAUUGGAUGCUUCCCAUACUCACGGAGAUUAUUCGUUAGGAGAAAUUGCUUUAAGAUUUGACAGCAUUAAUUUUUGA